AUGGCAGAUGACGAGAGAGAGCUCUUGGCUCGCAUCGAACAGCUUGCCGGCCAGAUCAACCGCCGCAAGAACCAGCAGUCUGGCGCCAUCCCAGCGUCGCACCAGUACCAACCGGUUCAGUCGCGUCGUACGACUCCACCAGGGCCGCCAGGGCCACAUAGGGAUACGAUAUUGACGAUGUGCACAGACAAUACCUACCACCGAUACGCCUCUGCGCCCUACCCGACCCGAGGCCACUGGCCCAGCCGCGGCCGCCCCCACCAGCACCAGCACCAGCACCAGCACCAGCACCAGCACCAGCACCGCACGCUGCACUUCAACAACGCUCCGAGGUCCGCAACAGCGGCGGCUCCCCCCAGCUACGAAGGUCAGGUGGCCGCGUCCGGGGCCGGCGCUGGUGCGUCGGGGUGGGUGGCCAGGAACGACCGCCACAGACAGCUGAUCAACGCCAGCGUCUUCGAGAAGGAGAGCCAGAGCCGGACCAAGGCCAUCGAGGAGACGUGGAGGAAGAGGCAGCAGGCCAAGCGACGAGGAGAGAAGGCGCGCCUGAACGAGUACCUGCGGCAUCGGUACCAGCACCAGCAGCUUGCCGGCACGGGUGCCCCUUCGGGUGCUGACGGCUCGGCGGCAUCGGUGGCCAGAAACGAAAUCAUGGUUGGCGACAUCCGCUUCCGUGUCCUGGACGGUGGCAAGAAGCUCGCCAGGGUGACGGGUGAGUUGUUGGGAUCCCUCGGCGACGGCGCGCACCCCCACGGGAAGGAUUCGACGACUCACUUCACAGGCGACCCGGAUACGGCCUCUUCAUCACCCACGCCCAAGAGCACGGUGAUUGCCGGCGUCAAGUUCCACCGGACAAAGACGGGCAACCUCGUGGUGCACCGGGUUGUCAAAGACCAUCGGUACGUCUCCCUCCCCGGGGAGGCGAGUAUUCUGACGGGCUAUAGGCGCUCGGGAACGGUCAAGAAGAUUGGCGAACCAUGCAAGACGUUUUCAUCCUCGGGUUCUUGUCCAAAGGGACCCCUCUGCCGGUACACGCACGACCCCGACAAGGUUGCACUGUGCAAGGAAUUUCUCAAGGAAGGCAAGUGUGCUCUCGGAGAUGGGUGUGACCUCUCGCACGACAUGACGCCGGAACGCGUGCCCAACUGUCUACACUAUGCCAAGGGGCACUGCACCAAGGCUGAGUGCCCCUUCACCCAUUCCAGAGCGGCGCCGACGGCGCCAGUCUGCAGGGCGUUUGGCUUCCUCGGCUACUGCGAGAAGGGCGCGGACUGCGUGGAGCGCCACGUGUUUGAAUGCCCCGAUUUCAGCAACACCGGGCGAUGUAAUAACAAGGGAUGCAAGCUCCCCCACCGCGAGAGGGCGAGCAUGCUCCGGGGGCAGAACAAGCAGGAGGAGAUGAUGGAAGACGUGUCGAGCGACGACGAGCCCGCAGGAGACUCGGAUGACGUGGACUCGGACGAGGUUGCCGAGUUCAUCGACGCCGACUCUGAUGCCUCGGAUGUUGAAGAUGACCAAGAUUUCAUUUCCGUCUAA